GUUUCAUCUUCUCAUCCACACGCCGGCCGUGCUAUUAUUACACGCAACUCCACCACUUACCAACUCAACGACCACUUCCACCUCCAAACAAAUACCAAAACAGUCAAAAUGGCCAAAUGUUCCAGGUGCGGCAACGACACCAAGAAGCCCCGUGGCUUCGAGGAAGUCACCAUCAGAUGCGACCGGUGCGAGAACUCCUCGGGCUACCGCCUCUGCCCCGGCUGCACUCAUGGACCUGCCGGCCUUGUCCUUGUGUGCUGCGGCAAGUGCAACCCUACUGGCAGGGUCAAGUGCGAGAUUUGCAAAGGCUCCGGUACUCGGAAGGUCAAGAAACCCUGCACCCGCAAGCACGGUUAGGGGUCUGCUCUAUACCAUCAAC